UUCCCGACACAUCAUAGCAUCCCUGAUUGAAAUCUGAAGCGAUAAGAACUAAGGAAGUAUUUUACCGGAUCCAGUGGCUUCGAUCGAUCGGGCAAGUCAUCAGGAUGAGCGAAGACUAGGAACUCAUUCAAUGCAAAGAUUGGAAAGUGAAUCUUCAGAGGUGAACAAUGUCGACCUUACCGUGCAAAUACGGCACCACUUGUUUUCGGCUCAAUUGGACUCACCUCGCCCGUUUUCGACAUGAGCACCUUGAACGUUUCUUGACGGAGAUCCGAAACGGAAAGCAUGUGGAAGAGCUCCUUCAAGGCAUGAGUGAAAAAUCGAUGGAAACAGUUAAGGAACAGUUGCAAGUCAUUCAAAGUUUGGAGAUUAACCACGGGCAUUCUGAUACUGAAGAUGAAGCAAUCGGUUCGUUAAGAGAAUUACAUAUUGAUUCAUCAUUUGAUGAGGUCCUUUCCUCCAACGAUCAAGAACCAUCAGAGACCACUGAGACGAAUUCAAAGGCGGACUCAGAUGCGGGUGCGGAUGGUGACCAUGACAAUGAUGGUGAUUCCUUGGUUUUGUCAGAAUCUGAGACCGAAAAUGAGAGUGUCGCCUUAAAAGUUCCGCCUUGGAAUCAGUGCUUCAAUCUGGAGACCCCAUUAUUGGUCAGAGGAGUAAUUUCAGAAAUGAAUUUGGAAGAUCUCCGUGGAAUAAUUCGCAUCCUACCUUACUAUCAGGGCCUAGACGAUAUAAGUUUUGAUUUUGAAGAUGUUGUGAACUCCUCUCAUUCCACUGUGUUUCUUAAAGUAGGAUCGAGUGUUUUAUUCCUGAAGGAUGCUGCUAAUGUUUUGUGCGCCAAACGUGUAAUUGGAAACUCCAAUGACUUGAUCAGUGUUCCAACAGUGCAGGAUGCCCCUUGGCCUCAUGGUAUUGUUGUUUCCAUCCACAGGCAAUACAUGUUUGCUUCUCUGAGAUGCCCCGAAAUGAAAACCGAGGUUCGUUUAGACUUGCGAAAAAUUUCAGAGUUUGGCCUUCCUUUGAAAUGCGGAGAUAAAGUAAACUUCCUAGAGGAUAAAAAAGCUGGAAACCCGUCUGCAUUGUGUGCUCAAGUGUUACAUUACGAGGCAAACCGUUCCAUCUCGGAAUUGAACGCGUUCGUGGAUUCAUGUCUUUCAUCAUUGCAGAGUUCCAAGUCGACCUUAAUGGUCAUGGAGCUCUCGUCUCUAGACUCCUUUUGGCAAUACUUUGGAGGUCUGAAAUUCAACAAAGAGAUUGAUUUGCUUUGGAAGAUUCUUGAGUUUCUCACUCAAUUCUUCAAACUGACUACGCCCAAGAUGAAUCUCGACCACGUGCUCGAAAUUCUGGCCCAACCAUCCAAUGUGAUUAACCAAAUCAGUCAUUUGCCAUCAGUAGUGAAGAACUUCCAAAUGAUUUUUGAGUUUUGUGAGCAAAUCGUUGGGAAGUGUCCCCGUAGUGUGACAAAGAUUUUACCGUUGAUGCAAAUGGCUCCGAAGCCAUUCAUGGAAAAGUUGAUGGUGCAACUUGUUAGCCAGGGUUUAUCGUGCCCCAAGGAUCCUACAGCUCUCACCGAUAUCAAAAAGGUUUCCCGAUACCUAAAUUGUGGCCAUGAGUAUCGUUCAGCCUGGUAUGAGGAUAUUUCCCAAGUCAUUUGUAACGAGCCAUGCACCAAAUCAAUGAUGUGUACAAACAAUCAUCCUUGCCUAAAGAAGUGCGGUAAGCCUCAUGAGCAUGCUUCAAGAUUGUGUGGAAUCAAAAUCGAUUAUUGCUUCCCAGAUUGCCAGCAUCCAUCGCCCAGGAAGAAGAAAUGCGGUGAGAGAAUUACCUGGAAUUGUUCGUACAAGCUCAAAUUUACUGGAGCUUGCGGUCAUCCUUUACUGAGGAAAUGCUCUGAAAAGAAAGAAAAAGUUAUUUGUAGACACCCAUGUGAGAAUAAGUUCCGAUUUUGCGGACAUCGUUGUUUUAACGAUUGUGGGAAGAAUUGUGAAACUGGCGAAUGUAAUCAGUGUAUCCAAGAUGUUGCCUCCUUCCAAGAAAAAGCCCGACAAAAGGCUCGAGAGUUAAAAGCCAAACUUGGAAGGGAGGACUUUGUGUUGUGCGAAGUGUAUCGCCCUGAUGUCUUAUUUUUCAAGGUUGAAGACCACGUGACCAAGUAUGUCCAAGCCAUGCACAAUUGGAAUCCAGUGGUCACUCGCAUCCAGUCUGUAAAAAAUUUGAAACGUGAGAUUGCUUAUGAAAAGUGCAAAGCUGAAGGGUUUGGAACUCUCGAAGACCUCAAAUUCCACGGAACAUCCGAAGAAGGCGUGAACAACAUCCCAAGAGAAGGUUUCCGAGAGCCUGAAGCACAAGCUCGAGGGGGAGGAGCUCCUAAAAUGUUUGGUCCAGGCAUUUACUUUGCCACAGAUUCAUCCAAAAGUGCUCAAAAAAUGUACACCAAGAAUUCCAACAAGCUUCUUCUUUGCCAAGUUUUCUUAGGCAAUAGUAAAGUUUUGCACGUUGCCAAAAACAGUAUGAAUCUGACCAAAUUGCGAGCUAUGCAAUGUGACUCUGUGUUCGCCCCUCGUGGAAGUGCUGUGAAAAAUGAUGAGUUUGUGGUGUAUAAUCCGGACCAAGUCUAUGUUAAGUACAUCAUUCACUUCCAUAGCACCAAACCCACGCUUUAUCUACCCUCUCCUGCUCCGAUUGCCCUAGCCACUAGCUCUCGAAGGGUGCUAAAACCAUCACGUCAUAUCAGGAUAUCAAAUCCCGAUGAUUUAUUGUAUGGAAUUGCCGAAUCUGCGCUUUUUAGACAUGACCCACAAACACGGGUGGCGAUCAAGUCUGUAGAACAUGUGACCAACGCCAAGUUAGAAAUAGAUUUCCAAAGCCAGAAGACCGACUUCAAAAAGAGAGGCAUUCCUGACGACGAGGUUUUGGCCUUUUUUGAAACAGACUCCAGGGACAUUGAUAGAACUUUGGACAAGAACCUAACCCUACAAGACUUCAAUCACUCUGUUUAUGGAGGAGUUGUCCAUUUCAUGGAAAAGCCAAAUUUCAUGGCCGGUUAUGGAAAGACUUUGAUGCUAUUCAAAAUUAUUCCUGGGAACGAAUACGAAGGAAAUGGUUACUCUUGGCUUAACUUUCAAUCCAAAUAUGUGCAGUCUGAUGAAGGUCCAAAAAUAAUUGUGAAGAACGCCAAACAAUUCCAUCCUUUCUGCAUCUACCAUUUGGAGUAAGCCGCUUGUGAAUUUUUUUUGCUCUCAUGGUCUUUUGAACGCAUUCAACCAAGCUGUUAUAGGCAAAUUCCGUCGAAGAAAAUAAAAGUUUUAAGAACAAUCAAA